ACGAGGAUUUGGGAUUUUUAAAAAUACUUUUAUUGAUAAUGCAGAGGAUUUCCAUUCACAGGUAUGAAUUCUUGCAAUGAUCAGUUUUGAUUAAAAAUACAAUUUAGUGUAAAAAUGUCUCCAAUGAGCUAUAAAACAUUCUGAGAUUUAAAUGCAAAAAAGCGCAUUGACGUUAUUGACAAGUGUUACCUGUUACUUUUCUCAGUCCUGGCUAGGAUGGGCCAAUCACAUUAGUUUAUUCAUACUGGAUGAGGAUUUUUAAAAAAUACUUUUAUAGAUAAUGCAGAGGAGGAAUUCCGUCCACAUAUAUGAAUCCUUGUGAUUAUCAGAUUUUAUUAAAAAUAACUAUCCAGUGUAAAAGGUCUCCAAAGGGAUAUAAAACGUUCUGAGAUGGAGGAUUAAAUUUUCAGAGCAUCAAGCGCCCCCUGCAGGAAUAAAACUUAGUGUCUCACAAGACAGCCAGUGGCUGACAACAUGUGCAAUUUCGGUCUGUUAUCCACACAAAACUUCUGUAUAAAUUUUAAAAAACAUGAAAUAUAUCAUAAAUUACAUAAGUCAUAUGUGGACUCAGUGAAGAUGUUAAAGGCGGCCAUAGAAAUGAUCAGUUGUUUUUUUCAUGGUGAGGCAAGCAGACAGGCAUUUCAGAUGAGCAGUUAAGAAUUGUAAUUUUCUGAAAGGGUUAGUGUUUUUCUUAAACAUUUAUCCUAAUGCUUUUCUGUAUGUUUGAUAUGAUACACAGUGUUAAAUAUUUAAGAGUAUGCAAUGAAUACAAUUUUCUAUUUGUCUGUGCAUUAAUUUGAUCUGUUACACCUUUUUGUGUAGUAUUUAGUCAAUUGGAAAUCAUUUAUUCAUAUAAAUGAUGCGAUCAGAUGUCGUUGUGUACACUCUGUGGGGUUUUGAAGCAGGGACUAAAAACGGUUCAAGGAACGAAAGCGAAAAAUGAAAAUGAACAACAUUUUUAGCAGAACGUAACCAAAAACUGGAACAAUUUUAUUUGUGAAACAAUUAUUUAAAAAUGCUGGAAACCGGUUAUAACCGGUUAAUUUUGUUAUGAUAAUUUUUUCAUGAAACUAAAGGCCAAAGGGUUUAUCACAGUAUAGUUUGGAAUUACAAAAAUGAAACAUGCUUUGAACCUGAAGGAAACCGCUGCAUCACACAUUUCUUUGUCUAAUUGUUCAUUGUGGAUGUCGUAUUCUGUGAAUGAAGACCUUUUUAACAAAUAUGUAUAAUUACUACAUACACAUGCAUGGCUAAUCCAGAUACAGGGAAAACAUAAUUAGAUGUAAAAAGUAAAUUUCUCAGUUGUUUCCAAGUCUUCACUGAAUUAUUGUUAGAUAUGAUGCAUUAAUACAGAUUUGAUGCUUCCGGUACUGACUCAGAAGCAGAUCUUUAAUUAAAAUGUGACUUAACUGUUAAUUAACUGUAUGCUUGUACGGUUUCUAUUGUGAUAUAUCGCUAAUUUUUUGAGCUCGUUUUUCCAGAAGAGAUUGCUUGCUUCUCUUGUUGGAUCUGGCAACACUGCAAUUGGUAUUUCACCCACCCCUUAGCUCAGAGUACUGUCAUUUUAAAAAGAACUUUAUUAACCGUUCUUUUAUUUUGUUCUAACCAGUAACCAUUUGAAAAGGAGGCUGCGGAACUUUUAAACCAGAACGAAAAAAUACAGUUUUUGCUCAGAACGAACCGAAAUGAAAAAGAUUUAGUUUUUAGUCCCUGUUUUGAAGCAAGUUUGGAGCAGCAGAAAUAGUUAACAUCGUGUAGAGAAUUUUGUAUUGUCAAGUGAACCUUUAGCUUUAUGUUUCUAACCCUUUUACAAGCCCUGUUACCAGGUGCGAUUAUAUAUAUUUUUUUCUGUCAAGAAAAUCUACGUUAGAUCAUAAUUUUUUUCUUCUCUCUAGUAAGACAUUUGAUAUUAGGGCAAAAAUUGUAUUCUUGAUGAGAAUUUUUGUAUUGUUUUCAUGUAAAUAUAUCUGAAAAUCCUUAAAACAAGAUACAUUUGCUUUAUCUUGUUUUAGAGGCAACACUGCAUAAGAUAUUUAGGCUUUUUUCAGAGAAUGUGUUGUUAAUAUGUGUCUUAAUGUACUAGCAGAUUUUUGUACUUGAUAUGAACUUACAGUCAAAACAAGUGAAAUAAAUUCUGCUAGUGCUGAAGAAGUAAUCCAAAGUAUUUAGACUAAAUUACUGAUUUUGAGUAAUCUAACGGAAUACGUUACACAUAGCAUUUUUCAGCAAGUAUUCUGUAAUCUGUAGUGGAAUACAUUUCAAAAGUAACCCUCCCAACCCUGGUUAUGUGGCAGAAAAAUGUAUACAGUACAUUUUUAGCAGAACGUAACCGAAAACCGGAACAAAAUCAUUUUCCAUUGUUCCGGAGUAAAAACAUUUUUAAAAUGCUGGAAAAAUGUAUACAGUAAAUUUAGAUGGAUGGAUGUACGGACAGACAGACAGAUAGAUAGAGUGCUGAGGUUGCUUGGGGGAAUCGUCCUGUAUUUGGCUUUAUGACGUCAUAAUUGCUCUCCAGCUGCUGGGUUUCCCUCUGCUCUCAGGACAUAAAAAGGUGAUAGGCGGCGGCGGUCUGCCCUCUCUGUAUGCCCACCGCUUUAUGUUGUCUUUCCACCAGCUCACCGAAAGGCUAUUUUAGUUGCUUUGAAUCUAAAUGAUCAGCCUUUCCACCCAAGUCAUCCUAGCGACUUGAAACGCAACAAACAAACGCACACACAGGCAGAGACGCACGAGCUCGGUGAGAUAUGCCCGAUGCUUUGCUCGUUGCACCUGUGUGUUAUUUUAUCACAUGCGUCUGACGGUUUACUGGUCCUGUAUGUGCUCUCUGUGCGUGCGAAUUUGGGUGGUUUCAGCUUGUCGAUGCUGGCUUUAGGGUACUGUUUGGACAAGAUGAUUCUGGAUCAUAUCAGACAUGUCGGAUAAAGCCUUUUAAAUGAGUAUUUUACUUGAUUGCAAUUGCUCCGUCUGAAUUGCACGUUAUUCCAGCUGGACUUGGUGGUAGCCGGAUGUAUAGCCCAUGUUUAUAAGUGCUGGAAUCGCAUGUGAAGUUAUAGCUGCUUUUUAGAUGAUAUUACCAACUGAUAUUUCUGGAAGAUAGAUUACUUAUGGACUUAAUUUGUUACAUGUCGUGCACGAUGUAAUAUUUGUCGUUCUUGCGUGUAGUCAUAAAUGCAGUGUCAUGGUUCGAGCUGGCAAAUGUCCAAACGAAGUGUUUAGAUCGUUUUAAACAUCAACAGUUAUCAAACAAUAUGUUCAGAGAGUCUAAGAUCAUGGUUCAGCUGUCACCAUCUCGGACUCUAGAGACUUUGACUUCCUCAGAGUUGGCUUUGGAGAUGGAGGGUGGGCAGGGCAGCCCUAAAUCGGACUCUCCUCGAGUGCUCACCGCCCUCCAGCUCGCCCUCAACUCCUCCUCGACAACCUACUAUGGCUAUGAGAAGUAUAUCGAGGAUGGCCUUAUCUGCCUCAAGCACAAGAUCCGCAACAUUGAGAAAAAGAAGCUGAAACUGGAGGGAUAUAGUGAGAGGCUGAAGAACGGUGAAACACUAAAUGAAGACCAACUGGAAGCUGUGGGGAAAUACGAGGAGGUGGUCCACAAUCUUACAUUUGCCAAAGAGCUGCAGAAGACCCUUGGCGCCCUCACACAAGAUUUGCUGAAAGCUCAGCGGAAAGCUGUUCAUCAAGAGAAGGUGAUGAGGAUUGAGGCAGAGAGGAGACAGAUGAGCCUGAUGCUUCAGGUGCAGUAUGUCCUCCACAGUCUGCAGAGAGAGGACGUCCAGAGGAAAUUCUGCAAUUCAAGACAACAUUCCCAUUACCUGUCCACGCAGGACAUGGAGAACCUGCUGGAUCUGGCUUCAUUACUAGGAUGUAAAAGAAACCAUAGAAUGAGUUUAGAGGAUCAGAUGGAACAGGCUGCUAUUGUUUACUUGGAGCUAAUGGAAGGGAAAGAAAAGCCAGUUGCUGGCUCGACAUAUAAGCACAUGAAGGAAAAGCUUCUUCGACUAGUGGACUGUGGCUUCUUUGAUCACAUAUCACUUCCUCAAAAUGAUAGCCAGCAGAAGACUGAAAAACAAAAGUCUGACCCUCCAUCCAGGACAUUUAGCCUCUCCACACUGGUGAAACUGAGCUCAAAAGAAGUGCCUUCAAAAGAGUCUCUUAACAGACGAUACUUACCUGAAACGGAUGUCAAAGAGUCUAGUCGGGGUGAGAAUACACCCAUUCACAACUGGAAGGAUGAGUUUUUGGCAAUGAAGCAAAGAGAGCCACCGGACUCGUGGGAAAUGGAAUUUUCCGAUCCUCCUGUGUCCACUCAGUCCCCCAUACAGAAGCCGGGGAAAGGUGCUGCAGGAUUGAUUCCAAAGACUCCAGAUAUUAUGAAGAGACCCAUAACGGACCCUAAAGAGAAACGACAGAGGAAGAGCAAGGGGGAUCAUGACUCUAAAUCAGUGCCUGUGGAAGUGUUCAGCUCUCCAUCUCCAUUACCUAAAGAUCCGGUUCAGCGCAAAGAGCAGCUGGAGUCCCUGAUGAACCAGAUCUCUGGCUCCUUCAGUUUCAUGCAGGAGUCUCUUCUAGAUGGGGAAACUUCCCCUAGUAGCAUUCGACCAAAUAGAUGCCGUCCGUCUCCUGGCACUUCUACUCCCCUCGCACAAAAGGAAUUAACAAAAAGUCCAACAGAUAUUCUGGCUCAUUCAAAGCAUUCCACUCCCUUACGCAUCCUGCUCUCUGGAGACAAUAAAGGCUGUCUGUCGAAUGGAGAUCGUUCUAUAAAUGACUCUGACCUUGAUCUACACAGUGAAGAUGAACCACAUAUGCAAGGUGAGGGCUUCAAUUCUCCACCUUUGUACCGAAGGGGGUCCUCAAUCACACGUCCUCUAGAAAAUCAGAGCUCUGUACAGGCAGGAAAGCAGAAUUUAUGCAAUGGAGUAUCAACCAUGUCUGCGCAGACGUUUAAAACCCCACCCAGUCACCGAUCCAUCAGUGUAGAUAAUCCCUUCCACAACAUUCACUCUGUGUUUAAUGUGGCUUCUCUGCCAAUCAGUGAGAGUUCAGUGAUGAAGUCAGAUGAGAGUGGAUUCUCUGAGUCCAUGCAUCUCAGUUACACUACAGCCAAAACCCUGAGUUACUCCACCGCCAGCACCCAGACACCACCUGAACUUAACCCACCUGAAGAUGACCUACAGAUUGAGGGCCAGUACCAGCUGGAGUGUCCUGUCAGUGCAGGUGGUCACAUGUUUUCUGCUCCUCAGCCACAGUCUCGUCUGGGUCAGACCUGCUUCCCCCGCGGGACAGCGAGAGGUAUGAUGCGUGCAGGCAGGGGUUUGAUUCACUCACACAGAUCAUCUGGUGGCUACAGAGGUGGUUAUGAGGCCUACAGAGUGAAUAUGCGCUCUCCAGGAGGGGGCAUCGCAUCCCAGACCCAUACAGCACACCGAGACCAUGGAUCUGCCCUUUACAUGUCCAGAGAAAACGGGUAUCAGCAGAGUUUCAAACGAGGUGGAGGCACAGCAACACAAAGGAACAGUGCCGGUUGGAGUGACUCCUCACAGGUGAGCAGCCCAGACAGGGAGGGGGUGUAUCCACUCGACUCCGGAAUCAGUGACUCUCUCUCCAUCACACAAACAGAAGUUCCCAUGACCCACCAGGGAGCACACACUCUGAUGCCCGUUCACGUGUACCCGCUCAACCAACUCAGAGUAGCCUUCUCCGCCGCCCGCACAGCCAAUUUCGCCCCUGGCACUCUGGAUCAGCCAAUCGCCUUUGACCAACUGCACACCAACCAAGGUGACAUGUUCGACACGGCCACCGGUCGUUUCACCUGCCCUGCUGCGGGCACGUACGUCUUCCUCUUCCACAUCCUGAAGCUGGCAAUCAGCGUGCCCCUGUAUGUCAACCUCAUACGCAAUGAAGAGGUGAUGGUGUCGGCGUACGCUAACGACGGAGCUCCAGACCAUGAGACUGCUAGUAACCAUGUUUUACUCCAGCUGUUCCAGGGAGACCAGGUGUGGCUGCGACUGCAUCGUGGUGCCAUCUAUGGCAGCAGCUGGAAAUACAGCACUUUCUCUGGUUUCCUUCUGUACCAGGACUGAACAUGUAUCUCCCUUAUAUAGGCACGAUAAAGGAAGAUGGGGCAUUUUGGAUCUAUUGAAGGCUGUAGUUAAUCUGCACUUAUUGCGCUUUGUUACGCAUGGUGCAACUGCAUGUUUAAAUGUUCAUUAGUACAAAGUCAGUGUUAAGGCUAAUGUUUGUUCUUGGAUGUUUACAUGGAUUUCCCCAGAUUUCCCCUCCCUUUUUUUUUCUUUACAGAUAACUGAAAAGUAUUACUGUAUACCCUCGUAACCAAAAGUAGCUGCAUUAAAUGUGUACUAAUUGAAAGUCUUUACAUUCAGAAACUAAUGUGUUUGUUCCUGUAUUCACUAAAUGACUAAAAUGUAUGCUUGAUCAUUUUAGAUGAGAAAUGUUUCCCACCCAUGCAAAUGUCUGCAACUGGUGCCUUUCCUUUUGGGGUCACAGAACUCUUUUUCUAAUUAUACUUGACAUGUUGAGCACUUUAAAAAGGGACUUAGUGGCCUUGUCGGGGUUUGGGUAUAUGUGUACCUGUGAGUUUGUCUGUGUAUAUACUGUAAGCGUCCUCAUUCUGAAAAUCACUUGAACGUUGACUCUGCCAAAAUGGCUCCCUCUUGUGCCUAAAUAAUAAUAAUAAAAAAACAAAGUGCAGUUCACUUCUGUGGUGGCUUUAUUUGUAUCUAAUAGUGUCCAGUGAUUGUAUAAUAGGUCUAACAGUUUAAGAUAUAGUUAAGAAGAAGAAUGUGUGGUCUGCUUUGUGUUUGAACAUUGUCACCCCACUAGAUGGUGAUGAUACACUCUGAAUUCCCCCCUCCCCCCAUUUAAAAGUUUUAACCUGAAUAAAUUGUUUUUGACAGGUAUAAAAUGA